GCCCAGCCAUAUGGAUGUGAUUUCUCCGCUCCGAGGCAGACAGGCCGCUCAGCAGCGCUCGGCGCCCGCCCGCCGCCCGCCCGGCCUCAGGCUGCCGCCCUCCCUCCGCCCUCCCUCUCUCCCUUGCGCCGGUUCGUUCUCUCGCUCGCCCUCGGCGUAUGGGCCCCGCGCCGGGCUCCGGGGCCUCGGGCCGCCCGGACGCCGGGGUCCCCUAGGCCGGGGCGUGGGCGGGGCGGCCCGGCCUGACGCAGCUCUGCACCCUCCAACCAUCACCAGGGCUGGCGGCGGCUGCCCCGAGGGACGCGGCCCUAGGCGGUGGCGAUGGGGGCCGCCCGGAUCGCACCCGGCCUGGCGCUCCUGCUCUGCUGCCCAAUGCUCAGCUCGGCAUACGCGCUGGUGGACGCGGAUGAUGUCUUUACCAAAGAGGAACAGAUUUUCCUGCUGCACCGUGCCCAGGCCCAGUGUGACAAGCUGCUCAAGGAAAUUCUGCACACAGCAGCCAACAUAAUGGAAUCAGACAAGGGCUGGACACCAGCAUCUACGUCAGGAAAGCCCAGGAAAGAGAAGGCAUCGGGAAAGUUCUACCCUGAGUCUAAAGAGAACAAGGAGUUGCCCACUGGCAGCAGACGCCGAGGCCGUCCCUGCCUGCCGGAGUGGGACAACAUCGUUUGCUGGCCACUAGGGGCACCAGGGGAAGUGGUGGCAGUCCCUUGUCCCGACUACAUUUAUGACUUCAAUCACAAAGGCCAUGCCUACAGACGCUGUGACCGCAAUGGCAGCUGGGAGGUGGUUCCCGGACACAACCGGACAUGGGCCAACUACAGCGAGUGCCUCAAGUUCAUGACGAAUGAGACUCGAGAACGGGAGGUGUUUGACCGCCUAGGCAUGAUCUACACCGUGGGAUACUCCAUGUCCCUUGCCUCCCUCACAGUGGCUGUGCUCAUCCUAGCCUAUUUUAGGCGCCUGCACUGCACGCGCAACUAUAUCCACAUGCACAUGUUCCUGUCGUUUAUGCUGCGCGCCGCGAGCAUCUUCGUCAAGGACGCGGUGCUCUACUCUGGCUUCACGCUGGACGAGGCCGAGCGCCUCACGGAGGAAGAGUUGCAUAUCAUCACGCAGGUGCCGCCUCCGCCCGCCGCGGCCGCCGUAGGCUACGCUGGAUGCCGUGUGGCCGUGACCUUCUUCCUUUACUUUCUGGCCACCAACUACUACUGGAUUCUGGUGGAGGGGCUGUACUUGCACAGCCUCAUCUUCAUGGCCUUUUUCUCAGAGAAGAAGUACCUGUGGGGCUUCACCAUCUUUGGCUGGGGUCUGCCAGCUGUCUUCGUGGCUGUGUGGGUUGGCGUCAGAGCAACGUUAGCCAACACUGGGUGCUGGGACCUGAGCUCUGGGCACAAGAAGUGGAUCAUCCAGGUGCCCAUCCUGGCAUCCGUUGUGCUCAACUUCAUCCUCUUCAUCAACAUUAUCCGGGUGCUUGCCACUAAGCUUCGGGAGACCAACGCAGGCCGGUGUGACACGAGACAGCAGUACCGGAAGCUGCUGAGGUCCACGCUGGUGCUCGUUCCUCUCUUCGGCGUCCACUACACCGUCUUCAUGGCCCUGCCGUACACCGAGGUCUCAGGGACCCUGUGGCAGAUCCAGAUGCACUACGAGAUGCUCUUCAACUCCUUCCAGGGAUUUUUUGUCGCCAUCAUAUACUGUUUCUGCAAUGGCGAGGUACAAGCAGAGAUCAGGAAGUCUUGGAGCCGCUGGACACUGGCAUUGGACUUCAAGCGUAAAGCUCGAAGUGGGAGUAGCAGCUACAGCUAUGGCCCAAUGGUCUCUCACACAAGUGUGACCAAUGUAGGCCCCCGUGCCGGACUCAGCCUUCCCCUUAGCCCCCGCCUACUGCCUGCCACCACCACCAACGGCCACUCCCAGCUGCCUGGCCAUCCCAAGCCAGGUGCUCCAGCCGCUGAGAAUGAAACCGCACCAGCUGCCAUAGCGGUUCCCAAGGACGAUGGAUACCUUAAUGGCUCCUGCUCAGGCCUGGAUGAGGAGGCCUCUGGGGGGUCUACACGGCCACUGCCAUUACUGCAGGAAGAAUGGGAAACAGUCAUGUGACUGGGCACCAGAGACUGGACUGCUGGCAUGGGCAAUUGGACAGAUGGACCAAGAGGCCAGAAUUUGGCUAAUUGUUCAUUCAGGACUGGACCAGAAAAAAAAAAAAAAAAAAA